AUGAAGGAAGUGAUGACAGUGAUUCCAAACCGCAAACUAAAGCUUCACACCACAAGGUCUUGGGACUUCAUGGGUUUACCUAAAGGCAAAUUGGGAGGUUCUAAAGAAGGAGAUAUCAUCGUUGGGCUCCUGGACACUGGAGUCUGGCCGGAAGCUGAUAGCUUCAACGAUGAGGGGUUUGACCCUCCACCUGCUAAAUGGAAAGGAACAUGCCAAGGUGCCAAUUUCACCUGUAACAACAAGCUCAUUGGAGCAAGAUACUACAACAGCGAAGGCAGUUAUGGCAUUACAGACUUUCAAUCCCCUAGAGAUGCAGAAGGGCAUGGAAGCCACACUGCCUCAACGGCUGCAGGUGUGGAGGUGGCUGGAGCAAGCUACCUUGGACUAGCUGAAGGAGUGGCCAGAGGUGGAGUUCCAGGUGCAAGGAUCGCAACAUACAAAGUUUGUUGGGUCAACCGUGGAUGUGCUUUGGCAGAUAUCCUAGCAGCAUUUGACGAUGCAAUUGCAGAUGGUGUUGACAUAAUAUCAGUUUCUCUAGGAUCUGACUGGCCAGACCAGUACUUCGAUGACCCAAUUGCCAUUGGAUCAUUCCAUGCCAUGAAAAAGGGAAUACUGACCUCAAAUUCUGCUGGAAAUUCGGGCCCCGACCCAGCAUCUGUCUCCAACUUUGCACCCUGGACACUAACUGUCGCGGCUAGCGACAUUGACAGGAAUUUUGUUGCCCAGGUGGUGCUUGGCAAUGGACAAGUCCUCACUGGACACUCAAUUAAUAACUUUGACCUCAAUGGAACCUCGUACCCAUUGAUCUGGGGAGGAGAUGCAGCAAACUUUACAAUUGGUUCUAAUCCAGACUUUUCAAAGUACUGCGCUGAAGUUCCUGCCAUGAAUUCAUACCAAGUGGAAGGAAAGAUUGUUUUUUGUGAAGCGCUUACUGAUGGUUCUGCGAUUCUACUCACUAAUGGUGUGGGUACCAUCAUGACCCAACAGUUAAUACAACCUGAUUUUACCUUUAACUACCCAUUACCAGCAACAUUUAUCAGCACUGAAGAUGGUGUCAAAGUUUCGGAUUACAUCAGAUCAACAGAAAAUCCCAUUGCCACUAUUCUGGUUGGUGAGACUUGGGAAGACCUUGUGGCGCCAGUUGUUGUCUCAUUUUCUUCCAGGGGACCAAGCGCAAUCAGCCCAGACAUUCUCAAGCCUGAUCUCACUGCUCCUGGUGUGGACAUCCUUGCUGCCUGGUCUCCCGUGUCACCGCCUUCCAUCUACUAUGAUGACACUAGGAGCGUCAAAUACAACAUCAUCUCCGGCACAUCCAUGUCCUGCCCUCAUGCUAGUGGUGCCGCUGCAUAUGUCAAGGCUGCCCAUCCAGACUGGUCUCCUGCUGCUAUUAAAUCUGCCCUCAUGACCACAGCUUAUGUAAUGGACCCGAGGAAGCAUGCAGACCUUGAAUUCGCUUAUGGGUCUGGUCACAUAAACCCGGUUGCUGCUGUUGACCCCGGGCUAGUAUUUGAUGCAUCUGAGGCAGAUUAUGUUAACUUCCUCUGCAGGCAAGGCUACAACACAUCAACUCUAAGACUUGUCACUGGAGAUGACAGUGUAUGUGAUGGCAUUAAGCCGGGAAGAGGAUGGGAUCUCAACUAUCCAUCAUUGUCGCUCUAUAUGUUAGAUGGGCAGCAGAUCAUGGGUGUCUUCACCAGGACAAUGACCAAUGUUGGCGCAUCAAACUCUACCUAUACAGCAAGUGUGUACAUACCCGCCACUGUUAGUGUUACAGUGGAACCAUCGGUCCUGACGUUCUCUGCAGUUGGAGAGAAGAAAUCAUUCACAGUGAAGGUCAACGGGCCUACGAUUACACAGCAGCCGAUCAUGUCGGGUGCUAUCAUGUGGAAAGAUGGAUUCCAUAAGGUGAGAAUCCCACUUGUGGUUUAUAACUAUAUUCCUGGCGCUCCCUAUAUUCUCGACAGCCAGUCCGUGUCCGAGAAGAAGUUGACUUUCAAAGGUUCCUCAAUAUAUCACAAGAAUGGGAUAGUAGGACACAAAUAAACAUAAAAGAUUCUCAUACUAAGGUUCAAUCCGUGUUUGAGGCUGCAGAUCAUCCUUGUAAUGCCUCUAUUAAGUUCUAUAAGUUGAAGGUGUCUACUUUUUAUGGUAUAAAAAUGUGAACCUUGGACAGGACUUAGUCACACCCAUGAGAAAUGUAGGGGUCCGAAAGAUGACAUGUCAAGUUUACUUCCUCUUUGAGAUAUUAAUAAAACUGAAAAUAAUAACA